CAAGAGCAACCAGUGAGUGAGGACCUCCACGAGCUCCACCAAUUGUUCAUCUCCCUCCCUCCAUUGCCAUCCUUUUCUUCCAGGGCUUCCCACCCGAGUUUGCCAUGAAUUGCAGUGUCUUGUUUUUCGCAGCUGUCAAAAAUUUCAGUGCCAGCACAACUCCUUUUCAUGUUGGUGUUGUCCUCAAUUUGGGCACAAGGAUUGGGAAGAUCGGUCAAACGAGCAUUUCAUUAGCAAUGGAUGAAUUCUAUGCAUCUCAUCAACACUACACCACAAGACUUGUUCUUCAUACUAGAGAUUCAGAGAAUGAUGUUGUGCAAGCUGCUUCUGAAGUUAUUGAUCUCAUAGAGAAAGAACAUGUUCAAGCAAUCAUAGGCCCCCAAACAUCAUCACAAGCUGUGUUCAUCGCUGAUCUUUGCAACAAAACUCAAGUUCCCGUAAUCUCCUUCUCAGCAACCAGUCCAGUCCUUUCUUCAAUACAAACACCGUAUUUCCUUCGAGCAACACUCAAUGACACUGCACAACUCACUGCUAUUGCCUCCAUUGCAAGAUUAUUCCAAUGGAAAGAAGCCAUCCUCAUAUCUGAAGACACUGAUUAUGGAAGAGAUAUCAUCCCUUACCUCAUCGACGCCUUUGAACAAACUUAUGCAGCAAUUUCACACCGCAGUCUUAUUGUCUCAUCAGCAACUGAUUAUCAAAUUAAGGAGGAGCUCUAUAAGCUAAUGAUAAUGCAAACAAGGGUCUUCAUUGUUCAUAUGUCAGCACCAUUGGGAGCAAGACUCUUUUUGAAUGCAAAAGAAGUGGGAAUGAUGAGCAAAGGCUAUGCAUGGAUCCUGACUGAUGGAAUAACAAACAUUGCGGACUCAUUUGAUCCUCAAGUCAUAGAUACAAUGCAAGGAGCUCUUGGAGUGAAGCUCCAUGUUCCAAGAACAAAAGAGCUCAAUGAGUUCGGUGUUAGAUGGAAGAGAAGGUAUCAAAAGGAGUAUCCAGACGAAGAUCAACUGGAGAUGAGUAUCUUUGCUUUGUGGGCAUAUGAUACAGUUUAUGCACUAGCAAUGGCAGUAGAAAAAACAAGUGGAUCGAAUAGAGAAGUCCUAAAAUAUAUUCAAGAGGAGAAGUUCAAUGGAGUGAGUGGAGAGUUUCAUUUUGUUGACGGCCAUUUGAAGUUAUCCACAUUCCAAGUGGUGAACAUAGUUGAAAGAGGAGGGAGAGGUAUUGGGUUUUGGAAACCAGACAAUGGGCUCACAAGUGCUAGCUCAAUCUCCGAUAAUGUUGGUUUGAGUCCUGUGAUAUGGCCUGGGGAUUCCACUGAAGUUCCAAAAGGUUGGGAGAUUCCAGUGAGUGGCAAGAAGUUGAGAGUUGGAGUUCCAGUGAAUAAAGUAUUCCAGGGUUUUGUGAAAGUGGAGAGAGAUAAUGCCACAAAUAUAACAAGUGUUAGUGGUUAUUGCAUUGAUUUGUUUGAAGCUGCGGUGAAGAGGUUGCCUUAUGCUAUCCUUUAUGAAUUUAUUCCUUUUGAGAAUGAACAUGGCGAAUCUGCAGGAACAUAUGAUGAUCUUGUCUACCAGGUUUAUCUUCAGAAAUUUGAUGCUGUGGUUGGAGACAUCACAGUAACAGCAAACAGAUCUUUGUAUGUGGAUUUUACAUUGCCAUUCACUGAGUCAGGAGUGUCACUUCUUGUCCCUGUAAGAGAAAGCACUCACAAGAAUGGUUGGAUCUUCUUGAAGCCAUUGAGUGUUGACUUAUGGUUAGGGAGUCUGGCCUUCUUCUUCUACACUGGAUUUGUUAUUUGGGUCAUGGAACACAGGAUCAACACCGAUUUCAGAGGCCCACCCUCCCAACAACUUGGCACCAUGUUCUGCUUCUCCCUUUCGACUCUCGUUUUUGCUCAUAGGGAGAAGGUGGAGAAUAUCCUGUCUAAGCUAGUGCUGAUCAUAUGGCUGUUUGUGGUGCUUAUUCUAACAUCAAGCUACACUGCAAGCCUGACAUCCAUUAUAACUGUGGAACAACUCCAACCAGCAGUAACUGACGUUCAAAAACUCUUGCAUGAUGGGGACCAUGUGGGAUGCGACAAUGUUUCCUUCAUUAAAGACCUGCUGAAACAGCUGCAUUUUGAUAAGUCUAAGAUUACAAAUGUUGGACCUGAGCAUUAUGUAGAUGCACUCACUAAAGGAGACCAAAAUGGUGGAGUUUCGGCAAUUAUAAAUGAAAUCCCAUACAUUAAGGUUUUUCUUGCACAACAUUGUAAACAAUUCACCAUGGUUGGGCCACUGUACCAAACUGCAGGAUUUGGCUUUGCAUUUCCCAAAGGUUCUCCACUGGUUGGUGACAUCUCAAAGGAGAUACUGAACAUAGCUGAGGGAGGUGAGAAGGAAAAGAUUGAAAGGAUGUGGUUUGGAGAUCUGAAUGCUUGUUCAAUUGACACGAACACAGUGAAUUCAGAGAAUCUCACAUUUCAGAGCUUCUCAGGGUUGUUUAUCAUCACCGGUGCUGCUUCGACAUGCGCCCUUGCGAUAUUCUUGGCUUUGUUCUUAUCAAAGAAUUGGCAGGAAUUGAAGAACUUGGAUUCUGACAAAUCAGCCUGGCAAAGGCUAAUGUCUUGGUGGAAGUACUACAACAAAAAGGACCUCAAUUCUCAUACCUUUAGGAGGAACAAGAUUAAUGAUCUUGAAAAUGAUAGUGUUAGUGCAAACAAUGGAAAUGGUGAGAAGCAGGAAGAGUGUCAAACUGAAAAUCAGAGAGCUUCUAGUUUUAGUGAUGCAAAGUCUGAUGAAGAAGAACUAGAAGAGAUCUCAUGUUCAAGGUUUGCUAGUCCAGUCCCUGAUGCUUCUUUUGUAUCCAUAGUUGUGUCUCAGUAGAAUGUCAUCCUUUAAAUUUUAGUUCUUACACUGUUAGUUCACAAAAUGAAUCUAAUAUUUACUUAUUGGCUAAUAAUUUCAGGUAGCCCUCUGAGUCAUUGUCAAAAUUCCAGUGACCCCUUGUGUUCAGGGGAGUGUUUGAUGGUAUUAUUUGCUAGUAUUUUCUGUUUAUAAGUGAUCAAGUGGUAAUUGAAGAUUCGUUGUAAUA